AAAGCGAGAGCCAAAAUGAACCUCCGCGCAAAACGUCUUUUUUGCUGCGCGUCACGUGACUCGAUUCGCAAGGCGCGCGGAGGCCACUGCACACCGCACAGCAACAGGCACACAACGAGAAGAGGCGCCGCGAGAGAAACACGCGGCUCGAACAAAAUGUCUCCGUUCUUUGCCGCCAUCUUUUUGCUUGGCCUAUGCCUGGCCAACGCCGUCAAUUUCACAACCGUCUACGAGUGGGACAAAUUCGAUUUCGUCUGGCCCUCAGGAGCGGAAACGGACACUUCAAUUGAACAGAUUAAACAAAAUUUUAAUCCGGCCAAUGUUCAUCUUCAAUACAUGGCUGUUUUUGGAGAGAGGCUGUUUCUAAGUCUUAUUCCGCAGCCCGGAAUUCCCGCCACUUUGGUGUGGCUGCCAACGAGCGGCACGUCGACUGCACCUCCAAAACUUGCUCCUUUUCCAUCCUGGGAAUUACAUAAAAAAGACAGCUGCGAGACUAUUCAGGCGGCCAAAGGAAUGGAAGUGGACACUGAUGGUCGGUUGUGGGUGCUCGAUCAAGGCAGCAAAAGUUGUCAGGCCAAACUUUGGAUAUUCGACCUGGCCAAGAACGACAAAACCGAGCGCGUUCACCAAUUCCCGGAUUCAGUCGUCUCUCAUGCAAUUGGUUCAAGGUGGCUCCUUGAUAUGGUUCUCGACAAAACGGCAGACGAUUAUCUUGCGUACAUCGUGGACUCCAUAUCUGAGCACCUCAUAGUUUACAGCCGAAAAAUGGACAAAUCCUGGUCAGUUAAAAUGCCAAGGGGAAAUUGGUUUUCCUUGGCCCUUUCUCCCAGCAAGGGACAGUUGUACCUUGCAAGAGAUGGUUCCGAAGAACUAUACUCAGUGUCUGUGUCUGAGCUGAAGAAUGAAGCCGUUGGAAGCACUGCUGUGAAAUUAAUCGGCAAAUGGAAUGAAGAACCCUACAGAAUGCUAAUCGACAGUUCCAACGUCUUGUAUGCCGCCUUUAACAACCAGAAUUAUCUCUCCAAAUGGAAUACUUCGGAGCCCUUUAGUGAACAGCGGUUUCAUGAGGUCGGAAGACUGGAUGCUGGAUGGCCAUUUACAUUUUCCUUGGACACGAACGGCAAUUUUUGGAUGACGGAGAGAAACAAAUCUGGGGGUGGGAAUAAGUAUAAACUGCUCAAGGCUGCAGUCGGCGUAAAAUCGUACUUAUUCAGCACGUCCACUGCGUAAUUAAACUAGGGUUUUUACCAUUUUGAUCAAUAGACGAUUAAAAAAUAUACUAAAGCUGAACAUGACUUCGUCUUUUUUAAUAAAAUACUUUAUUUUGUGAGACUUGUUUGAGGAAAUUAAAAAAAAAUAUAGCAUUUA